UUUUGUGACGCACUUCCUGUUGAACGAUUGGAAGAGAGACACUCAUGGCGGGGGAGGUGUAUCUGCUUUGGUUACUGCCGUUAUUACAAACGUUGGCGUCUUAUGGAGCAGAGCUCUCCUCUGAGGCCUGCAGGGAGAUGGGCUUCUCCAGCAAUCUCCUGUGCAGCUCCUGUGAUCUCCUGGGUCAGUUCAGCCUGGGCCAGUUAGACCUUCCCUGCAGGCAGUGUUGCCAAGAGGAGGCUCAGCUGGAGUCCAGGAAGCUCUAUCCAGGGGCCAUCCUUGAGGUCUGUGGAUGAAAAUUGGGGAGGUUCCCUCAAGUCCAAGCUUUUGUCAGGAGUGACAAGCCAAAGAUGUUCGUGGGUCUUCAGAUCAAGUAUGUGAGAGGCUCAGAUCCUGUCCUAAAGCUGCUGGACGAUAACGGGAACAUUGCUGAGGAGCUCAGCAUCCUCAAAUGGAACACAGACAGCGUUGAAGAAUUUCUUAGUGAGAAGUUGGAACGAAUUUAGACUCACGGUUUCCUAUUUAAAGAUUUUCACAGUUUUUUGGUAUAAAUCUCAAACAGAAUCAAAGGACCACAAUUAAAUUUUUUGUGCUCAAUAAUGGACAUUAAAAACAUACAAUGUUCAUUUUUUUUGGUCUCUGAAAGUAAACGCAUCAAUGUCUGGUUUGAGUGUAAGUGAUCAGGGCAUACUGUACUUAUUUUUUUGUUGAUUUUUCUGCCGCAUUGAAUUGUUGAUAUGCUGUAGCCUUUUAUACAUCUUGUGUCUGAGUGAAGCCUGUUGAAUGUGCUGGUUUGGUAAAGCUUGUGGCGACUCCUCAGAAGCACAUGUUUAUGUGGAUUUGCACGUUAGUGAAGGCCUUACAGUAAACCAGUCCCUGGCGUGUGAGGCCUGAAGACCCUGUGUAAGUCUCUGAACAUGCUGUUAUGGUGGGAACCUUCAAGCUCUACCCCAGGGUGUGAGAAGGUGGAAUCUCAAUUACAUUAGCACACAGACAAAUAAACCUGUUUUUCAUA